CUUUUAAUAAAUAAAUAAACCGACCAGCGGUGUUCUCAAGUGAUUAGCGACUUCAGGAGGCGACUUACUGGACCGAUUCCAAUGGGAGACUUAAUACGAAGGAAGGAGAGUCAGUUUGCGGCGAACGCGGCACCUGCACGUUUCUCGUCGUUCGAAAGCGGCGCACAAGCAACAUGCAAUGAAGCGAUUGACAUCAGGGUUAACGAGUCACGCAGUAUCACGAACAAGAUGCUAAAGGCGGUGCGAAACAAUGCCAUCGCUAUGGAAAUUGACCUGCAGUACAAGAACGCCGAAAUAACUCAGCACGAGAGAUGCGUCGAGGAAAGUACCGCCCGUGAGACUCGACUCUUGAUGGACAACUAUAGGCUCGAGAGACAGUGCACAAGUUACGAAGAACAGCUAGAAGUCACCAGGGCUAUCGUCCUGAGGUUGUACGAGAAGACGUCUGUUGCCCGUGAACGUCACGGAGAGCUUCGCAAGAGCCUGGCAACUUGUUACGCAGGGAAAGACAGUCUCUUGGAAGAGAUGCACCUAGCGUUCGAAGACGGAGAUCGGAUUGCAGCCGCAGUUGCGAAGCUAGGGAAAGCAUUCGAGGCCAGCGUCAACAGGCUGAACUCUCAGAGAAUAACGAUGAAGGAACGGCAGGAGGAACUGACAGCGGCAAUGGAGUCCAAGCAGAAAGAGCUCGAAACUAUGACGGGCCUAUGCGAAGACCUAAAACAACAGCUGAGUCUCCCCGACAUUCGCGUCGCAGAACUACAAAGUCAACUUGACUCGAUCACCUCUGAGAAAACCAAUGUUGAGCGGAUUAUGCAGCUGGCUGAAGAAGAGCUGAAGCUUCUACAGAGAGAAAAGGAUGAUGCCGAACGCGAGGUUCGGAAGGCCCAGGAGGAAAAGGAGAUGUUGGCCAACUUUCUGGAAACAGUUGCCGAACACUUCAGCACCCUAUGCGACUUCUCGACGAGACCAGACGCGUCCGUCGUCGAACUUGUCGACGCGGGAAUUCACGAGCUCUCUGAGGAGUGUCUGCAAUCAAAAUCAAGGGCGGAUCAGGCUGAAGACAGUGUUCGUGCACUGGAAGCCAAUAAGGAGGCACUCUCGGCUGAGAAUCAAGCACUGAUGGAAAAACUUCAGAAUCACGAGGUUGUUUUGUUGGAGAGCGAACAGCUGCGCUUGCAGCUUGUCAACGCAGAGAACACCCUCUCUCAAACUAAGAACGAAAUAGAAACGUCAAAGCAGAGUGCCUGCGACGCCCUUCUUCAACUGCAAGCCCUACUGCAAGAUCUGGCUGGAGACACAAGCGUUUCCUCUGCAGACUUUAACGGAGCAUUCCUCGGAAUCGAAGGGGACAUCUUGCGCCGAAAAGAACAAAGCAUGCGUCAUCUGGAGACGGUGCAUCAGCUAAAGGACGUCUUCAAGAGCCUGCACGACGAACGGGAUGAACUCGCAGCCCAGGUUCAUCAGAUGGCGUGCGACAAGGAGACAAAAGAACACGCUCUUGCAGACCUCAAGGCCGAUAUUACCGGUCUCUAUGGAGCGAUAUCAAACUACGAGGAGGAGCUAGCUGAGGCACACGCAGAGGUGGAAUCGAUGAGGGCUGCGGCCGACUUGGAGGAGCACUCGGUUGAAGAGAAGGAGAAGAUGGUACUUUUGCUUCUUGAGAGGGAGGAUACAUUGAAGCAGCUACAACAAAAGCUCCAGGAAACUCAGUCUUCUCUGGAUGAGAUGCGAGAAAACACCACCGCGCUGCAGCAAGAGCUGGAGACUUUGAGGGCGAAGGAACUGAUGGCAAAUGACGAGCGUGAGAAGAUGGCUGACAUGCUCGUUGAGAAAAACGACGCAAUCUCACAUCUUGAGGACAAAAUUAAGGCAAGCGAGGCGGAACUAGCAGAGCUGAAAGUAGAAAAAUUGGCCACAUUGGAAAUUACAAGCGCUCUUAGGGCACAAAACGAGGAGUUGUCAAAGCUUGCCGCCGAAGUCAACGAAAAGUUGAAGCAAGAAAUGGAGCUCCGUGAUGUGCCUAAAAACACAAUCCAGGUGGAGGAGCGUGAAACACAAACCACCGAAGACACCGGCGGAGCAGACAGUAAGGUUCAGCUCGAAGAGGCCUUGAAACAGCUCGAUCAAGUGAACAGUGAGCACAAGAGGUGCAAGUCUGAGUACGAAUGCCUCACACGUGAAUGUGCGGAGCAGCUUGAGAAACUUGAGCAAUCGUACUUGGACAAGAAGAAAGAGCUUGAGAAAGCCAUGAGCGAAAAGAAAGACCAAGUCAAGCUUCACGACGAGGCAGCGAAAGCGAAUAAGGUGAUGAAAGCAGAAAGUGAAGCUCUGAAGAAGAAAUUUGACGCUCUUGAGACACAGAUUAAGAAAAUUCAAGUGGCAGCUGCCAAAAAGGAGUCUGCGGUGGAAGCAGAGAAUGCAAGGCUGAAGGACCGUCUCAAAGAGCUCCAGAAGAAGGUUGAAGAGUUGAACUUUGAUCUGAGGCACACUCGAGACGUAGAGGCGAACAAGCGUUCUCAGAUGGACAAGCUCUACAAGGAGGCCCAGAACGAGAUCAAGCUUCUGAACAAGACGCUGGCAGACGCCGCUAUAGCGAAGAUGGCCCAGACAGCACCAUUCACUCGGUCAAAAGCACCUUCCACCCCGACAACUGGAGUGCUUCGUCUUGAGCCAGCUCCGGAGCCGGUAUCCAAGCCACCUGUGUCCGGUCAUCCAGAUGGCAGCUGGAGCAAUGACUCCCUGGAGGGCAUUGUGAACCAGAUCGUCAACAAGGAGGCCAGUGAUAACCUGACCUCGGACAAAUCUUUCCAUGUGGUCGUUGUGCCGGCAAAGAGCGACACGACGAGCUUGGAUGGCGGAAAGACCAUGGCGUCGGGUAUAAUGCAGGCCAUGAGUGUGACCGUGUCCGCUGUAAGUACUUUUGCGUCAGAUAAAUCGGAGAUAAAUCAACACAACGGGUAG